UUUUACUAUAAUAUUUACAUGGGAAUGUUGUCGUUUGUUGGUGGUGUGUGAGGAUCUUCUUUACCAAGCUUAGCGCAUGCAGUCCAUAACAAAUAAUGCAGCAAAUUUUAUUCUAUCCUUUCUCCUUCCCUUGUUGAUUCCGGAGGCAUUCAGAGUAUGACACUACAUGCAAGGCAACAUAUUAUUUUCCUUUUACACCAUUGUACGUAAAGAAUGACAGGAUAAGGAGUCUUUUGGAACCGUAGUUGCAUGAAAAUACACACAUCAAAGCAAAAGAAUAGUGUCGUAUUGGAACCUUUCUCCGUAUAAAGCAAAGUGUUGCAUCUAUGACACGCUCGAAACCAGCUAAGCCUCUCUCUCUCUCUCUCUCUGAGUUCGAGAAAGUGCAACAUAAUCCUCCAACCUAUAAAGAAAACCAACCACCCCCCUUAAUCCUUCGUAGUAAAAAAAUUCUUGGCUUAACUCACCCUUCUUUCUCUCCCUGUAUUCUCUUCCUCUCUUGUCUUCUUUUCACACCAAUUUCACUUCAAUCAUGAUGCAAUGAUAGGCUUUUCUGUUUUUCUCUUCAUCUAUAUGUCAUAGCACACUGAGGCAUCUCCUUCAUCCUAUGACAUAAAAAUAUAUACAAAUACAUAUAAUCAGGAAAAAAAAAUUUGCAUAUGGCUACUAGUAGUAGUUCUUUCCUUUCAAGGUUCUUCUUUCGAGCUCUUGCAGUGGUGUGGCUUCUUUGUCUUUUGGUUUUUGGAAGCUUAGUUAGUGGUGGAGGAACAAGACAACCAACUACACAAACAGAAAGACUCAAGCAUGAGCAAGUGGUUGGUAGGGAUAAGCCUGUCAACCAUGCAGAAUUGGAUUUCAACUACAUGAGCAAAAGAAGAGUUCCCAAUGGACCAGAUCCUAUCCAUAACAGGAGAGCUGGAAAUUCUGGUCGACCUCCUGGUCAAGCAUAAUCAAUUAGGAAUUAGACAAGCUUCAGCAACUUUGCAGAAGAAGACAUGCACAAGAUGUUGUUAGCCAUGUACUUCUAAGAACUGGGAGUGACUUCAUAUGUACCCUUGACUUGAGCUUCUUAGUAUUCCAGCUUGCAUGCAAGGGCUAAACUAACUUGCGGAAAUUGAUUUGUCAUGGGGGAAGAGUUGGUGGCCUAAAGAGGAAAAAGAGAAAAGGAAGCUUGUCCCAUAGAAAAUAAGCUCAAAAGAAUCAAAAGAAAGUUUGGUCAGUUUCUACACAAACUUCAAUUUAGUGAGUGUUUACAUUUGUUAUUGAACUUAUCUUGUGAGGAUGGAGUGAAGCGAGAUGGAUAGAGAGAGAGAGAGAGAGAUGAAGAGUGUCACGAAUUUCAAUUGAAUUGAAAUCUGUGCUUGCAUGUAAAGCAAUUAACUUAACUUUAAAGUUUAAAAGCCAGAAAGAUAUAUUGUACAAGAUGUUGUUGCAACAGCAGCAGCCAUGCAUGCUUUGGAGGACUAUAUCAAGUGCAAGUGUCUAUGUUAAAAAAAGAAAAGAAAAGAAAAGAUAGUAUUGGCUUUGCAUUGCUCACUAUCAAGUUUGGAAUAUCUGUUUUUUAUUAUUAUUAUUAUUAUUAUUUAUUGUAAAGAUUAGCUAUGAGUUCCUAAAGUAAAGUAAAUUC